CUAUCGAACGGGACGCAUGAGUUCGUACCAACAGUUCUACUGAUCUCACUCGAUGGCUUUCGUGCGGAUUUUUUGACACCGACAUUGACACCUCACCUCUACAACCUCUCCCAAUCACUCACCCCCAACUACUUCUCUCCAUCCGCCUCCUUUUCUUCAAACGCCUCCAAAGUCGAUACCUCCCCCAAUGCCCCUGGAGUCGGCAUCGACAUCGGCGCCGUCAACCCCCCCUACCUCCUCCCUUCCUUCCCCUCCGUAACAUUCCCAAACCACUACACCCUCAUCACAGGCCUCUACCCCUCCUCCCACGGCAUCAUCGGGAACGAAUUCUGGGACCCCUCCGCCAAUGGUGGUAAAGGAGCCGAAUUCGUUUAUACAGAUCCAGAGCGUUCUCAUGAUAGUUUUUGGUGGGAAGGCGUGGGCGGGAUGAAAGGGCGCGUGGAACCCGUGUGGUGUACGUGUAAACGACAGGGCGUGCGGAGUGCGGUUCAUAUGUGGCCCGGGUCUGAGGCUGUCAUCAAUGGUUGCUCGCCGGAUUACUUGGAUCCGUAUAGGACUGGUGUUGAGGUUGAGGAUAAAGUGGAGAGGGUGUUGGGGUGGUUGGAUAUGGAGGAUGAGGUGAGGCCGGGGUUCAUGGGUGUGUAUGUCCCUGACGUCGAUAGUGCAGGUCAUGUCUACGGACCCGAAAGUAUCGAGGUCGCGGAGGCGUUGGGGAGGGUUGAUGGGAUGGUGGGGGGGUUGGUGGCGGGGAUUUUGGAGAGGAAUUUGAGUGGGGUUGUGGAUUUGGUUGUUGUUUCUGAUCAUGGGAUGGCGACAUCAUCGGGUUCGAGGGUGGUGUUUUUGGAUGAUUUGGUGGAUGUCGGGGGAAUUGAGCAUAUCGACGGGUGGCCGCUGUUUGGGAUGUGGCCGAAAUCGAAUGUUUCCGUGACGGAGAUGUACGCCAACAUCUCCGCUCAACACACGUCGACGUCGCCUUGGGACGUCUACCUCCGCGGGGACAUACCUACGCGGUACCACUUCUCGAGGCACGAUAACCCACGUAUCGCACCACUCUGGCUCAUCCCGCGCCCCGGGUGGGCAAUCACCACACACGACCGCUUCGACCCCGAAAUCGAGGACUACACCCCCCGAGGAAUCCACGGAUACGAUAACGCGAGUCCGUUGAUGCGUGCUCUAUUCGUCGGUGUCGGGCCCGGGUUCGGGGAGUGGACGCCGGAGAAGAAAGCCGGGCCGGUUGCGAAUGUGGACGUGUAUGGGAUCGUGACACGAUUACUCGGUAUCAAACCAAACCCAAACAACGGCACCCUAAACGGACACCUGCGCCCC